AUGGAGAUACCAGAGGAAGAACCCAGGGAGAGUUUCCACAACAAAGAUGAGGCUGAUGAUGAUACCACACCUGAUCAAAACUGUUCGGCAACAUUCAAACAUACUGAUGCUGUCAUCAGUUCUUCCAAGUCACCAGCUCACCCACAUACAAGUCAACCAACGGAGACAAAUUACGACCUGGUGCUCAAUGCUGAGUCUGACUUGGAAGAUGCUGAAAGUGAUGGUGAAAGUAGUACUUACAGCUUCAUACCUGGUGACCACAGCCAGGGACCUGAAGUACCUGAUGAUGUAGAGGAGUACCUCGAGUCUGUGGACAUCUCCCCAAUCAUUGGAUCAGCGAAUGCUGUAGGGGGAAUGGUUGACCAGAAGAAGACAUGCAGACGGAGCCUGUUUGAGUAUAAGGGAGACAAUGAAAAAGCUGUUGGUCGUGAGGUCAAGUACAAGGUGGAUGUUCAGGAAGACGUGAAUGAAGAUUUUCAUCUGGCUCUGGACACGAGUGCAGAAGAUUGGUCCCCACCGAUAAAGUCACUUGUUGCUGACUACUCCAGUCCAGGAGACCCGCAGCUGGCAGGUCAACAUGAGGAAGCAGGGGAGAUGUUCAAGCCUUUCAGUCAAGAUGCUGAGGGAGAUCAGCUGCUUUCAGCCUACAUGUCAGGAAUAGAACCCAUAUUGCAAGAUCACUUUGAACCCACUUGUGGAAAAGAUGUACCACCCAAACACAAUAACCAGGUCUCAGAUGAUCUCUCCAGAGAUGUGGCAAUUCAAACAAGUCAAACAACAGACAGGGAAUCAAUUCAAAUACAAAGUCCCCUUGUGAAACAAACAGAGGAGCAAGAGCAGCAACGUCAAGUCAUGAUUAGGAAAACUCCAGCAGGCAAUAUCUUACAGUCAUCACGCUACACGUCCAGUACACCCUCUGAUCAGGGGUCUAAGAAAGCAGCUGGUAAAGGAGGGACACCAAGUGAAGGUAAGAAUGAGAAUUUGGAGAGGGAGACUGAAAAAGAUGGAGUCAGACAAGAGGCUCUGCUGGCUGAACCUCGUCACCCCGAUGCUCCUAGCAAGCCAACUACCUCAGCACAAGCUGGAGUGCAGCAGACAUCAAUCACAGGACUGCAACAUGGACAAAGGAAGAGACGGGCUCAUCCAGGCCCCAGCUACUCAAGCCCUCAAAAACUUCUCCCAUCAAAGAAGAGGCAAGCUAAAGAGGAAGCUAUCCAAAAACUUACCACAAAGGGGAGGAAAGAACAAAAAAGUUCUUCAAGCUUCCCCACUACUGUGGAGAGAGCUAAACAAAAUGAUCACAGUUAUUCUAAGACUUCUAAGCCAAAGAAAAUAGAGGCUGAAGGAUGGUCAGGCGUCCAGAAAAAGCAGCAGACAGUGAAAGAUAGCCAAAGAGCACAAAGCCUUCUGAUGAAUAAGAUCCAACAGCUGUCUGGUUCUAGACUAGUUCUGCCUACUUCAACCGCAUCAUCUCAUGCAAAAUCAGUUGAAGGUAGGCCAAAAAAGAAGUAUCUUGUUGCUAUUGAGAAAGGGCCUAACACUCUGCCUUCUGGGAAGAAUAUGGACAAGAAGAUUCUUGAGAAGGGACAUGUUGAUGCCACACAUACGAGGGAUGUCCACCAAGCAAAGCAGAGGGCCAAGAAAACUGCAAGAAUGUGUGCACCAUGUCCGGUGUUGAGGGGAGCCUCAGAAGCACUGGUUGUUGAGGAGACAGAUACACUGUCUGCCACACAAGACACUGACACAAUGGACACUGUGAUUCCUCCAACACAGAUAGAUGACACAAUGAAGAAAAAGUAUGUAGUAUCCCCGAGAGGUGCGCAAGGAAAAGAGAAGACCUCCGUAUCCAAAGCAAGGCAAGAAGGUGAUGUAGAGACACAGGACAAGCAGACUACAGAAAAUGAUACAGCAGUUCAGGGACAGAUAGAAGAAAUACAGGUGGUCCAGAAUCAGGGACCAAAUGAUGGUGAACACCCAAAAGGAGCAGCUGGAAAAAGGCCCUCCCAGGAGAGUGCAGAGAGAGGAGAAGCUGGCAACAAGAAGAAGGCAAGAGCUGGGACUUCUGAGAAGGUUGAGCUUGAACUAUUUCACAUGGAGAAUACCAGAGGCAUGUACGGCUGGGAGGACAGUCUGAGACAGAGACCGUCACCUGUCAAGAGGUUCCAACCUGAGGCUCCGCCCACUGCUGAUGACAAGGGGAAGAAAAGGAAGAAAGACGAACAGAGUGGUGCUGUAAAGAAAAAGGUCAAGCCACAGAUGCAGCCUCUGGUCUUUACAACAAUAAGGAACAACCCAACCACUUCUUCAAAGGGAAAUCUAGCUGGUCCCAAGGACCCACCUGCUGCAUCUGCCAGUACCUCCUCAGCAGCUGUCUCAGCACCUGUUUCUCCAGGUGACAUAAGGACCAACAGCUUUCCAGAAAAUGGCAGUCCUACAGACAGUGGCCAGGAGGAACAGCUGCCACAGGAGUAUAAGGAGGGGAAGUAUGGUAUGGGAGAGCUGGUGUUCGGUAAGCUGAAGGGCUACACCUGGUGGCCGGGGAGGGUGGUGUCCUGUGUGGAGACAGGCAGGGACCCUGCACCCGAGGGGUCGUGCUGGGUCAGGUGGUUUGGAGAUGGGAAGUUCUCCAUUGUGCAGGUGGAAGACAAGCUGGAGCCAUUUGGGAAGUUCAGCCAGUUGUACCACGAGAGGACAUACAACAGACUACAGACCUACAAACGUGCCAUACUGGAGUCUCUACAGGUUGCUGCAGAUCGUGCCAAGAAGAAGUUCCUGUCCUCACCGGACACUCACAAGAACCAGGACAGGGACAGGACCAUGGUGCAGUGGGCCUUACAGGAGUUUCCUCCUGGUGGCCCCGACAGUCUGAAACCUUCAGCAGAGGAAGCCAAGCCACCUGAUCACCUGGUGCAUCAGUGGCUCCAGGCAAGACACCUGAAACAGCUGGAGCAGGUGGCAGCUGCAUCAUCUGAGGGAGUGUCGUCUGAGGGUCGCAGGAAAUCGGUGGACUCAAGACUGGAAAGGGCAAAACUGUUUGAGGAUGUGCGGAAGAGGCAGCUGUCUGUAGACCAGUUGUGUCUGGCCUGUGGGAGCCUGGAUGUGGAGACACAGCACCCACUGUUCAGGGGAGGGCUGUGUGAGGGCUGUAGGAUUGAGUUUCUGGAGUCAUCUUACCAGUUUGAUGAGGACGGGUACCAGUCCUACUGCAGCUUGUGUGCAGCUGGGACAGAGGUGCUGAUGUGUGGGCAGGACAGCUGCUGCAGGUCCUUCUGCAAAGACUGCCUUGACCUGAUUGUUGGACCAGGCACAGCAGACCAGGCUGUACUAGAGGACCCGUGGAUGUGCUACAUGUGCCGGGAGGAGCCCAGACAUGGGCUGUUACACAGGCAGCAGGACUGGUCAGCCAGGCUGCAGCAGUUCUUUGCCAUGGAUGAUGUGCAGGACUUUGGUGAACCAAAGCUGUACCCCCCUGUCCCAGCUCAGCAGCGACGCCCCAUCAGAGUUCUGUCACUCUUUGAUGGCAUCGGCACAGCUCUGCUGGUGCUGAAGGACCUGGGAGUGACUGUGGAUAUAUGUUACGCCUCCGAGAUCGACCCUGAUGCCAUCAAGGUGUCCCAGCUCAGGCACGCCGGGGGGAUCCGCCAUCUGGGAGACAUCCGCAGUAUCAGGAACACUGAUAUACCAAAGCUUGGUCCUUUUGACCUCGUGCUGGGAGGAAGUCCAUGUAAUGACCUGUCUAUCGCUAACCCCAACAGAGCAGGACUGUAUGCUGGAACUGGAGUGAUGUUCUUCCACUUCUACCGCCUGCUGCAGCACGCAGCCCCUGCUCCCGGGGACGAACGCCCGUUCUUCUGGCUGUUUGAGAACGUCGUGGCCAUGAAGCACCAGUACAAGCAGGACAUCAGUCUGUUUCUGGGGUGUAACCCGGUGGUGGUGGAUGCCAAAGACGUGUCUCCUGCUCAUCGCGCUCGCUACUUCUGGGGGAACCUCCCCGGCAUGAACAGGCCUUUGGUGCCCCAGGCCAGUGAUAAGCUGGCUUUAGAGCAGUGUCUGGAGAAAGGCUGUGGCCGUGUUGCUCAGGUUAAGAAGGUGCGGACUGUGACCACCACUCUGCACUCUGUGCGUAACCAGGGGAAACAGCAGGCGGCACCUGUACUGAUGGAGGGGCAGCCAGACACACUCUGGUGCACCGAGCUGGAACGCGUGUUUGGGUUCCCCAGCCACUACACGGACGUGUGCAACAUGAGUCGCUGCUCCCGUCAGCGGCUGCUGGGCCGAGCCUGGAGCAUCCCGGUCAUCCGCCACCUGCUGGCUCCUCUCAAAGACUACUUCCAGUGCCAGGACAAGGAGUAG